UGUUAUCACAAAUAACAGACAUUAAAAAACUGAUAGACACCAUGGCUCAUUUUGCUUACUAUCAAGACCAGGACAGAUUUAUGAUGUUAAAAUGAUUAGCGCGUUUCGGGUGUCCCGUCGAGACUUUCAUAGCAUUCUUUCAAAGGAAGCCUUUCAAGUGGUGUGCUACAUUUGUUCCCGUCCAAUAGUCUUGAUUUACGUUUGAAACCGUCAAACUUCUGUAGAUGGUUCUAGACCCUGAAAGUUGAUCCAAUUUAGCCGUGGACCAAACAAAGAGUAUCCAACUAGAGACUUCGCCCUACCAGAGCGAAAAAUGUUCUCAAGUUCCAUUUCUUAAAUGCUUUACUGAAUGAGGAUCGUGUCGAUGCUCACUUCAUUUGCUGAGGUGGAUCCGUGGGGCUGUUUAAAGAGCCCUGAUCUAGAAGAGAGCCCAAUGAGAACCUUCCUCCAAAGCGGAAAUUAUUACCAUUCCCACGAAGCCGAACCUUAUCCAGACCAAUUUGAAGAUCUCUUGUGGAUCAAUAGCCAAAGCACCACCACCGCUAUCAACAACAACAACAUCAUUAAUAGUAGUAUGAUGGUGACACCUAAUUUUCGAGGACUAAAGGCCUUCGAUUUUACCAUCCCCCAAUUCACUAAGCCUCCAAAGAAUUCGACCUUGGCCCUCCAUGGUAUCGACAAUCUGGGGUUUUGCCCGGAGAUUGAAUCACCGAUCUGUGAUCGCAGAUUCGACGGACUGGAAUGCUCAUGUUGCGAUGAAACCAAAGUACGCGACAUAGUCUGCGAUAACGAAUAUGAAGGCAAUUCAUGCAGUUGUUCCAACCCCGUGGUCCCAAGUACACAAGAGCAUGAAUUGAACCCAAGACCGCCCAAGGACAGAUCCGAUUUGGGGCGAUCCAUUCGAGAUAAAACUUCUCGGAUCGGGACGUGCGUUUCCGUUAAGACCACGGAGAUCUGGCAAACCCACAAGUUUGCCUCCAUUCGCAGACGAAAAUCGAAGGUGAAUAACAAGAAUGACCUUCAAUAUCAACAAGAAGAUUUGGUUCAGAAGCCUGUUAUCUACUCGUCUGUUCUCAAGAACUAUGAUAUCGGGUUUCAGGAUCAUCCUGAAGUGAAAACAUAUUGGGUGGUCAAGCCAGACGGGAUAGAAACGACGAUAUAAUUUCUAUGCAAAAUAUACGAUACUUCAAGAAGAUAUUACCGGUUAGCAAGAAAAAAAUAUAUAUUCAAGAUA